GAAAAGAAAUUGCUAUUGCGCAUGCGUCAGAUUUCAUACUGUAGCCACGUGGUGAGAAGUCUUGAGGAGCUAGCUGCUGUAAUGUCGAUGUACGGAGCCCCCAUUCUCGUCCUCAAUGCUAAUACAAAAAGAGAAACGGGCAGAAAGGCCCAACUCAGUAACAUCCAGGCUGCUAAGGCAAUAGCUGAUGUAAUUCGUACGUGUCUAGGCCCCCGGGCCAUGCUCAAAAUGUUGAUGGAUCCAAUGGGAGGCAUCGUCAUGACCAACGAUGGGAACGCCAUCCUUCGAGAGAUACAAGUACAGCACCCAGCGGCCAAGUCCAUGAUAGAGAUCAGUCGGACACAAGACGAGGAGGUGGGAGAUGGCACCACCUCUGUCAUCAUAAUGGCUGGUGAGAUGUUGUCAGCUGCUGAGCAGUUUCUAGAACAACAGAUGCAUCCCACGGUAAUCAUCAGAGCAUAUCGACAGGCACUCGAUGAUAUUGUCACUAUCACAAAAGAAAAAAUAUCGACAAGCGUGGACGUCAACAACAAAGAGGAGAUGAUGAAGAUCAUCAAAAGCACGAUUGGUACAAAGUUCAUCAAGAAAUGGUCUAACAUGGCGUGUGAGAUGGCUAUCCGUGCUGUGCAGACAGUGACACUAGAAGAAGGUGGGCGGAGGGAGAUAGACAUCAAGAGGUAUGCCCGAGUGGAGAAGAUACCCGGGGGUAGUAUUGAAGAGUCCGAGGUCCUCCGUGGAGUCAUGCUCAACAAGGACGUCACGCAUCCCAAGAUGAGGCGGCGUAUUGAGAAUCCUCGUAUUGUGUUGUUGGAUUGCUCCCUCGAGUACAAGAAAGGGGAGAGCAUGACUAAUAUCGAGGUAUCGGCAGAGAUGGACUUCACGCGACUGCUCCAGAUUGAGGAGGAACAAGUUCAGAAGAUGUGUGAGGAUAUCAUCACUCUCAAGCCUGACCUUGUGUUCACAGAGAAGGGAGUGUCAGACCUUGCCCAGCACUAUCUAAUGAAGAACAACAUUACUGCAAUCCGUCGUCUUAAGAAGUCUGACAACAACAGAGUAGCACGGGCGUGUGGUGGUACCAUAUGCAGCCGCACUGAUGAGGUGAAGGAGUCGGACAUCGGCACUGGGUGUGGCUUGUUUGAGAUCCGUAAGAUAGGUGAUGAGUACUUCACCUACCUGGUAGAGUGCAAGGACCCCAAGGCUUGCACCAUCGUCUUGAGGGGGGCCAGCAAGGACAUACUGCACGAGGUGGAUCGAAACCUCCAGGAUGCUAUGCAAGUGGCCCGCAACGUGAUGCUGGAUCCAUCCCUUGUUCCAGGGGGUGGGGCUACAGAGAUGGCUUUGGCACAGGCCCUCAAUGAGAAGGCUAAGAGUGUAGCAGGCGUUCAACAAUGGCCGUAUCGUGCUGUUAGUCGUGCUCUAGAGGUCAUCCCCCGGACCCUCCUGCAGAACUGUGGGGCCAACACCAUCAGAGUACUCACUGCCCUCAGGGCAAAGCAUGCAGCUGAGGAGUACUCAACAUGGGGAGUGGACGGUGACAGAGGUGUACUGGCAGACAUGAAGGAACUGGGAGUGUGGGACCCUCUGGCUGUCAAGAUACAGACCUACAAGACUGCCAUUGAGACGGCUAUUCUGCUGCUGCGUAUAGAUGACAUUGUGUCCGGCAGCAAGAAGGGCGGAGCUGCAGAGGGAGCACCUGAGUAGACGAACACAAACUAGUAGACGUUGUUAUUAGGAUAUCAUUAUGUCCAUGUGUAUGCUGCUUGACUGUAUUAUCUAUAUAUCUAUCAUCGAAAUUGUGUGGUAACAAAA